CUUUUGCCCCCCAUUUUUUCCUCGGAUCAAUUUCUGGGUAGGUACUAGGUAGCUCUAUACUCCAUAGCCGGGUGCGUUGCUCUCUCUCUCUCUCUCUCUCUCUCCUCGGCUACGAUGGCGUUCUUACUCAACAAAACCAAUAUUCUCUCUCAUCUAAGGUCUCAUCCUCAGAACACGGACGAGUCGCUAUCCCGUCGGGGAUUCCACGUCGAACCAGGGCCUCGCGAGAAGGCGCUACUAGCAGAGGAUCCAUCACUGAAGCGGUUCAAAUCACAUAAGAAAAGUGUGUGGCGGCUCAAAAGAAUCGGAGAUGUUCUCACAAUUGUUGUUGUAGCUGGGUGUUGCUAUGAGAUUUAUGUCAGAGCAGUAAUGCGAGAAGAAGCUCGGAAACAAGCAAGUGGGAGUGCAUAAUGAAAGUUUGUUUCUGCAGCAGUACUUCUGAUUCUGUUGGCAGUGAUAUCUAGUUCUCUUGGGAUUUUGUUUUGCCUUAAAUAAGAGUGAAGUGCUAAAACUUUAUGCAUUUGACUUGUGGUAGAUUUCCAUUUCAAUAAUAGCAGUCAUAUAAAUGUUUGUAUGGUGAUGAUGUUGAUUUUUUCUCCAAUUUCUGAAUGAUGUUUGAUAGGCUGCAAAA